AUGAAGACUGGUAAGCCUGAAUACUCAAGAGGGUGGCAAUAUACAGCAACCAAUCUUUUGGGCGAUAAAAGAGAGAGCAUGUGCAAGAAUGUUUUACUUCAGCGAUCAAUUCUAGGACGCAGUAAUACACAUUGCCUAAAAGUCCCUCCCCCACCAUUCACUUACGGAAUAAAAAAUGUAAAAACCAGUGGUGUCUCUGAUGCCCUUCACUGGAUUGAUGAUACCACAAUUCGUCAGAAGUCUAAUGACCAUAUAUAUCUAACUCGGGACUUCGUGGCACUAAACUGUGAUAGUGUAAGGCAGGGAGUGACAACAAGCAAGGAAAUGACUCACUUUAGGGCUUUACACGAUAGAUUGAGACCGAAGCAAGCGAAACGCAGAUCAAGAACGGAGUCACCGAAACUACAUUUGGAUGUCACUCAUGGUAUGCCUAACAAAGCCUCUACGCCAAUUCAAGAAAUCCUUUCAAACAAAUAUCAAAAAGACUGGAUUGAUGCACAGAUGAGGAAAUCAGACAAAAUAGAAGCAAAAUUAGUUGGACUAACGAGCAUGUCCAGAAGAGUUAACCAUCCUGACACAGAUGCGAUGGUUAAAAGAAAUUGCAUGAGGAAAAACAAAGAAGAGAGCUUCUGGAAGUUGAAGAGGUUUGAACAAAAUACAAUCUACUUGAACUGAUAUAUACAUGUGGCUAGUAAGACAAGAAGAAUUAAACAAACAUGUACAGGAGCACCCCACAAAUCGUAAUAAUUCUAAGUGAACUCAAUAAGCCAAUGGCAUUCGACAAACUAUUGCGAAAAAAUUGAGAUUUAAUACUUAGUGAUGUACGAUUAAAACUAAAUCCUCACCAGCCAAAAGGAUUGGGUAACUAGUUUGUGAAAAUAUGUUGACAAAUCGAUAUCCCUUUGACAAAAUCAACCAACUGCCAUUCUUAUUCAGCAAAAUAUCUCCAAUAUUGACUAAUAUAUUUGUUUAAAACAGUAUAGGGACGUUGGACACUCAAUAAUACAGGUUAGUGGGAUAACCGUGAUUACCGACCGGAGAUGCAUCAAAUCUCAUCUAGAUUUAAAGUCUCAAUACCGUUACAUACUUUUCAUCACAAGAAUUCAUUCACUUAAUUUAAACAAUAUUCCUUGUACUUAGCAUCCUUAGUAUUAGUGAUGAUACUAUGAUUUAGACUUGUUUGCAAUGCAUUUUGUGAAUAUCACAUCGGUGUUGGAUAAUUGGGGUUGGUGUACAAUCAUCCCGGGUCCUAAGUUUAUUCCGAAUGAGUAAUGACUAAAUUAUUUUAAUCUAUAUUGUUUAAACACAACCACUUCUGUAUUUUAAUUUUAGGCUGUCGGGCGGAUAAACACAUUUAGAAACGAAGAAUGUCGAAGACUUGCAUUUGAAAAAGAUAAAAGCAGUAAGAUAUCACGAAUCGGAUUACAUGGUCAUGGAAUCCAACGUACAGGAGAAUGUGUAUAAAAACCUUUUGUCUUUAUGCUGCAGAACUACGAAAAAAACAUGUUUAUUAGGAAACAGCCCAAAGUAAACUAGAAAUCUGCAGCAAAGUUGUUUACCUUGAAAACAACAACUUCAUUAUUUAAUUAUCAGUUUUCAAAGCAUUUUGGUGGUACGAUAAGAAUAAAAGGGCCGCAUUCUGUGUAAAUAAGGGUCGAGAUAGUGCAUCUCACCAAAAUAUUGUCUAUGUUGUAGUGAAACUAAACUAAAUGCAAAUGAACCUUUAAAAUGUGA